AUGGUGUCGCAAACACUCGUGGAGACGCCACGCCAUCCUGGGCGCACUGGCCGUGGCUCUGAAAGCGACAGCUCCCUCGACGAAAUCGCGCACGAAAAGCAAAAGAUCUUCACGGCCGCGCUGGGAAAGAAUGGAAAGGACGAUGACAAUUCGGCUUCACCAAAGCGCUGGAAGUCUUUCUGGACUUCUUUCCGCUACCUUGCCAACCUGACGCCAAAGGAAGUCGAUGACUUCAUGGCUUCAUAUGUGAUCUAUAACCUCGAUUGGUCGAAUGAGCAGCAGAUGAGAGAGGUCCUGGGUUCCAAUUACCAGGAGAAGGUGGGCGAUUGCUUGAAAUCCUACUACGGAGUCCUCAAUCACCUUUGCGCCCUGGGCGAUGUUGAGAAGAUGUACAUCCCACCAUGGAUGAGUCGCAAGGCCUCAGUCUUGGAGAACCAGAUCAUUUACGAACGCUCAAUCGCGCAGGAUAUCGGUCUAUCCGCCGGCGACAAGGUCCUUGAUCUGGGCUGUGGCCGCGGUCGAGUGGCCGCGCACAUGGCGCAAUACUCCGGCGCACAAGUCACCGGUCUGAACAUUGACCCGAACCAAGUCGCGCAAGCACACCAAUUCAACGAGGAGCGCGGCUUGUCAAACAAUUUCGUCCAACAAGACUUCAACAGCCUCCCGCUCCCCUUCGCCGACGAAAGCUUCGACGCCUUCUACCAGAUCCAGGCUCUAAGCCUCUGCAAGGACUUACCUGCCCUCUUCACCGAGAUAUACCGAGUUGUCAAGCCAGGCGCAAAGAUCUCACUUCUGGACUGGAUGGCCCUACCCGCCUACGAGCCCACGAAUCCCGAACACGCAGAAUUGAUGCGCCGAGUCAAGCCAUUGAUCGGUGCCGUCGGCACCCCCACCCAGGAGAGUUUGGAGCAGGCGCUAACCGGGUCUGGCUUCGAGAUUGUCAAGUCUGAGAACGCGAGUAUCGACGGCCUACAGGCGCCUCUGAUCGAUACCGUUGACCUUUACUUCCGUACCCUCCGCCAGUGCAUCCUCGCCAUGGUCAAGCUGCACGUCCUGCCCCGCCACUUCAAGACCCUCAUCAACCGCCUGUGUCUGGAUGGCCAGGCUUUCGUCAAGAUGGAUAAUAUGCGCCUGGCAACGACGAGCUAUAGCAUCAUUGCGCAGAAGCCGAAGGCUGAAUAA